GAUCUCGCGCUGCAUUGUGGGAAAUGUAGGACGUGUGAGGGCAGGCAGGAAACUCAGAUUUACUCUUUGAUGUGUUGCAGGUUGGGCAACAUUCCUCCCUCCACACUGGACACGUCUGUUGGUUUUCAUGGCAUGUAAAGUGAGCAGGAUUAUUUAUUUCCUCGACAGUCGGACGGACACAAACCAGAGCAACAAUGGCCGGCGAAAAUGUAAGUGUGGUCUUCAAACUGUACUGCCUGACAGUGAUGACACUGGUGGCAGCUACAUACACGGUGGCAUUGCGGUACACAAGAACCAUCUCAUCAGGAGACCUGUACUUCUCCACGACCGCAGUGUGCAUCACUGAGGUCAUUAAAUUAAUACUGAGCAUGGGGAUGCUCGCAAAAGAAACAGGAAGCCCCAACAGGCUUAAGAACACCAUAAUGGAACAUGUGUUCUGCAGCCCAAAGGAGCUGCUGAAGCUGAGCGUGCCCUCAGUAGUGUAUGCAGUUCAGAAUAACAUGGCCUUUGUCGCCCUGAGUAACCUCGAUGCAGCAGUUUAUCAGGUGACUUAUCAGUUGAAGAUCCCGUGCACGGCGUUGUGCACAGUCUUAAUGCUGAACCGCUCUCUGAGCCGGCUGCAGUGGUUCUCCGUCUUCACGCUGUGUGGGGGCGUUACACUCGUACAGUGGAAGCCUGUAGAGGCCACUAAAGUUCAGAUCGAGCAGAACCCUUUUCUUGGAUUCGUCGCCAUUGCUAUUGCUGUCCUUUGUUCUGGAUUUGCAGGUGUGUACUUUGAGAAGGUGUUGAAGAGCUCAGACACUUCUCUGUGGGUGAGAAACAUCCAGAUGUACCUGUCCGGCAUUGUCGUCACCCUCCUCGGUGUUUACAUGACCGAUGGCGAUAAGGUCCUGGAGAAAGGCUUCUUCUUCGGUUAUACACCCUGGGUGUGCUUUGUAGUAUUCCUCGCCAGCGUGGGAGGUCUGUACACGUCGGUGGUGGUGAAGUACACAGACAACAUCAUGAAGGGCUUCUCUGCUGCCGCCGCCAUUGUUCUCUCAACUGUGGCGUCUGUCCUCUUGUUUGGAUUACAGAUAACGAUCACAUUCUCCUCUGGAGCCAUCCUAGUGUGUGUGUCCAUCUAUCUGUACGGACUUCCAAAACAGGACACAUCCAAGCUGAUCCAGAAGGACACAGACAAGGAAUCUAAACAGAAACUGAUCAAUGUGUGACCUGCAGCAGGAGGAACCUCUACCACUGGUGGACCAGGUCUGUGUUGGGAUCACUCUGUGGUGACAUUAAAGAAUCCCCUGCAUUAGGGGUGGGAUCUGGAUUUGAGAGCCACUCCUGUUAUUUUACAAGUGGACACUCUUGUGUUGGCCCUCAGUUCUUUAAUGUAAGUCUGAUCUCUCUCUGAUGAUGCCCACAGACACCUACAUGGGACUGGUUGAAGGACUAUGAACAUAUACAUAUGAUUGAUGAUUUAUUUCUUUAAGCCAAAAUGAUUUGGGAAAUCUUUCAGUUGAUAUAAAAAAAACUGGCCCUAUUAGCUAGCUGCUAUUAACAUUUGUAAAUAACUAAGCAAUCAGUGACGUCUUGUAACUCCUAUUCAGCCAGAAUGGAGUCAUAAGUAGUACUUUGUCUUAUUUUGAUGCCUCCAUGUAUCCUAUAGGGGUCAUAUAAAUAUCACAACUCCUGUCAGAGUUUGUUUUUAAUUUUCAAUCAGCAGUCUGUUUUAAACUGUGCAACGUGAGAAUCUUAUGUCCAUAUCACAUAGUAUUGAUUCUGAAUGUGAGGAAAACGUACUUGAAGAAUGGUGACAGACUGCAUGUGUGACAACAUGUUUGUAAUAUCUUCUCUCCAGUGUCUUUCAUCUUUUGUAUCACAUCUGUGCUGUGUACUGUUUUGAAAGUCAUUUUAAUGCUUUUAUUAAAAUUGGAUGGAUAUGUGUUAAUUUACAAAA